CAGUGAGAAUACCAUAUGUACACUCAAUUCAAUGACUACAUCAGAUUGGUGUUUGAGUUGAUGUUUAUAUUGAAUUGUGUUUCACGUCCUGUAGCCUGGCUGUACGGAGACCCUCGGCAUGUGCUGUACCCCCGGAACUCCACCGGAACGUUCUGUGGGAUGGGUCUCAACAGAGAUAAGCCCAAUGUGAUGUACUUUGACAUCAUCAAGUGUGUGACGGGGACUAACAUCAUGGCUGCCGCUCUGCAGGGUCUCCAGUGUCCCACCACACAGAUCUGUGUGAAGUCGUGUCCCUCUGAUUUCUGGGCUCUAUCUCCGGCCGCCUAUCUGCCCGGAGCAAGUCCAGCCAAUUUCUUUAGACAAGAGUACUGCGUGCCCUCAUUUCAGCUGAAGGACACAAAACUUACAGCUAUGGAUAUUAUAAACCGAGAGUUGUGUCCAUAUUUCAACAUGCCUACAUCAUCUGUGUUGGGCAGGUGUUUGCCGAGUUUCGCAGGAGAUGCUUAUAAUCCCAGUAACAUUCCCUCAAACUUCAGUAUUCAAGGGAUGAAUGCAAACCAGUCGGUGUCAGCCAUCUUGAAUGCAACGGGUGCUGGAGGGGCGUCACAAGAUCUGGUGAACGGGUUUAAUGCCAAAGACGUGGGUUUGCGGAUCUUUGAGGACUUUGCCAAAUCAUGGCAGUGGAUCGUAGCGGGUCUGGUCAUUGCGAUGGUGGUGAGCGUUUUCUUCCUCUUGUUGUUACGCUUCACAGCGCCCGUCCUGGUGUGGAUUCUCAUCGUUGGGGUCUUGGCUGUCGGUGCUUUCGGUAUCUGGUACUGUUAUAAUGAAUACAUGUCUCUGGCUAACUCCAGUCUGACCUUCAAUAAUGUGGGCGUCACCACUAAUGUUGAUGUCUAUCUGCAGGUGCGAGACACCUGGUUGGCCUUCUUGAUUAUUCUGUGCGUCGUCGAGGCGAUUCUGCUGUUGGCAUUGAUCUUUUUGAGAACACGUAUUUUCAUAGCCAUCGCACUCAUUCAGGAGACCAGCAAAGCUUUAGGUCACAUGAUGUCAACACUUUUCUAUCCCGUCAUCACAUUUGUGCUGCUGUUGGUGUGUGUGUCAUACUGGGGCAUCACGGCACUAUAUCUGGCGACGUCCGGCGGGCCGGUGUAUAAGGUGGUCGCACUGAACGCCUCGCAGGGAGAUUGUAGCACCAUACGUGCCAAUGACACCUGUGACCCGGAGACGUUUAACAGCACCCAGUACCCGGCGUGCCCGUCUGCCCGCUGCAUCUUCAUCAACUAUAACACGGAGGGGCUCUUUCAGAGGAAUCUCUUUAACCUGCAGCUCUAUAACGCUUUUGCUUUCCUCUGGUGCGUGAAUUUUGUCAUCGCUUUGGGUCACUGUACGCUGGCCGGGGCUUUCGCCUCCUAUUACUGGGCCUUCAGCAAACCUGCAGAUAUCCCAACGUUCCCUCUGGUGCAGUCUUUCAUGAGAGCGCUGCGAUAUCACGUGGGUUCGCUGGCGUUCGGCGCUUUGAUUCUCACGCUGGUGCAAAUCGUCAGAAUCAUUCUGGAGUAUCUGGACCACAAGUUGAAAUCCACUCAGAACCCGUGUGCACGCUUCAUCAUGUGUUGUCUGAAAUGCUGUUUCUGGUGUCUGGAGAAAUUCAUCAAGUUCAUCAACAGAAACGCUUACAUCAUGAUCGCCAUAUACGGGAAAAACUUCUGUGUUUCAGCGAAAAACGCUUUCUGUCUGCUCAUGAGGAAUAUUGUGAGGGUGGUGGUGUUGGAUAAAGUGACGGAUCUUCUCCUGUUUUUUGGGAAACUGCUGGUUGUCGGGGGAGUUGGUGUGCUGGCCUUCUUCUUCUUCUCCGGCAGGAUUCAGUCUCCAGGAACAGUGUUUGAAACGGCGGCUCUCAACUACUACUGGAUGCCCAUCAUAACGGUGAUAUUCGGUGCAUAUCUCAUUGCUCAUGGAUUCUUCAGUGUGUAUAAUAUGGGUGUGGACACACUGUUCCUGUGUUUCUUGGAGGAUCUGGAGAGGAACGAUGGGAGUGCAGAGAAACCUUACUACAUGUCCAAGAAUCUGAUGAAAAUAUUAAACAAGAAGAACAAACAACCCAAGACAGGCUGAUGAUGAUGAAGGUCUCAGCCCUUCAUACCUUCAAGCACGGUCACUUUUAAACCCAAUCCCUGAAGAUCCACGUAAAUACUUUUAAAAAUCUUGUGAUUCUAGUUUCUGUUUUUAACGUCUGAGUCAAACUAACAGCCCAACAGACACAAACUAAUGCCUUAAUCCACAAAGAUGAAGAAUCACGUUUUGCUUUAUUUGAGAUGCUGUUUAAGAAAACUUUUAGUGCAUUUGGGUGUGAGCCAAAACCAUUUAUUUAUAGGUAACAUUAUUACAUUUUUUAUUUGACUAAAAUAGACACAGAUAAAAGUACUUUGCAGGUUUAACUGAUGUGAUGUUUUGUGCAGAAUAAUAUCAUGUUCUUCCAAAACGUUUUAUAGACACUUUUUCAGUUUGAAAUAUUAAACCAUUGACGUUUUCUAUAGGUCUGAAAGUCCAUAUGUUUGAAGAUCCAAAGAAAGAUAUUUUUGGAAUGUUUGUUGUUUUUAUGGUUGCAGACAGUAGUUUUUCAGAUGUAAACAUUGUUUUGUAUGUUUGUUACUGUGUGAUUUAGUGUAAAAUGAGCAGAGAUUAUUUAUUCAGAAAUAUUCAAGUUUAAUAAAACUGUGGCACAUGAACUCUGGUGCUCGUGUUGU